AAAGUGUGGCUUCUUGUGCAGUUGCAGUGUACUUGCAAGGCUUUCAGCUCCUGGAUUGAUUUCCUGCAUAAUUCCAAGGUGGGGUUUUAUAAUUGGACAUUCAUGGUAAUAAAGAAACAGGAACUGAGGCAGUGAAAAUAGACUGAGAGCUUGAUUCGACUUGGCUUAUCUUGACUAGAACUCAAGAGCAAAGGCAUGAAUAUGUGUUGAAAUGUUCUAGAACUGCAGCUCGAACCUCUCAAAGUGACUGAAUCCUCAGGUCUUAUCUGACUCCUGUGCGGGAUGAAGAAGCAGAAUCCCUAAGAAAGGCACGAUCUAGACAAGCUCGCCAGACCCGCAGGUCUACGCAGGGUGUAACACUGACAGAUCUUCAGGAGGCAGAAAGAACCUUUAGCCGAUCUCGGACAGAGAGGCAAACUCAGGAACAGCCAAGUGAAAAAUCUGGAAGAAUUGAAACAGCUGAAGAAAGCAGUGAGAAAGGAGACGAGACUUCAGCAAGGGAACCCAGGGAAACUCUCUCACGAUGGAGCAGGAACUUGGAUGAAGAGUCUGUCAGUCAUCGAUUGAGAUGUCCAGCGCCAGACAAAGCUACAAGUCCCAUCUCUCCAACAGUAACCCCUUUCCUUUACUCAAGUUCUCAUGUGCCCAGAACAAGUAAAUCUAUAGCUUCGGACUCGGUGAGCCCAGCAGACUUCCAAAGCACACCUGUCGGCGACAUGGAGAAAAAUGAAUAUGAAGAUCAGGAUUUGGGUGACAGGUCUUCAAGCAAGCAGUCAGUUCGGGAGCGGAGGCGACCGAAAGAGAGGCGAAGAGGCACAGGAAUCUCUUUUUUUACAAAGGAUGAUGAAGAAAUGGGUGAUACUGAGGAAGUAAAGGAACCUAGGCAUGAAAGACUUUCCAGGUUGGACACUGCAAGUUCAAACACUGGCACCAGCGAUAGCUAUGGUGAUCGGCCCUUAGGUCGCAGCACUGCCUACACCAGGAGAGAGAAUCGCCUGGCUGCCCUCAGCAGCAGAACAGAGGAUGACAGUAGCAGGGACUAUAAAAAACUCUAUGAAAGUGCCCUGUCUGAAAAUCAAAAAUUGAAGUCAAAACUACAAGAUGCACAGGGGGAGCUUGCUGACAUCAAACUGAAAUUGGACAAAAUAGCACAGCAGAAGCAAGAAAAAACCUCUGACCGUUCAAGUAUGCUUGAAAUGGAAAAGCGGGAAAAACGAACCCUUGAGCGGAAACUUUCUGAAAUGGAAGAGGAAAUGAAGGUUUUGACAGAUCUGAAGUCAGACAAUCAGCGGCUGAAAGACGAAAAUGGAGCCCUCAUCCGAGUCAUCAGUAAACUCUCAAAAUAGUACACUGAGCAGAGGAGGGAUAUGAAGAGAGGACUUAUGUGCACAAGCUGCCAACCCUGCCACUUGCUUUUGAUCCUCCGGUUGAAAGAACUUCUGGAGUUUUCGAGAUGGAACAGUUGGUCACGCCCUCUGCUACCUUGCACCUUGCUGGGCUUUCUCAUAUUGCACAAUGCGCAUCCCUUUGCCCUCAAAUGCAUGGCAUAUCCAACCACCAAUUUUAUUAUUUUUAGAAUGUUGAAAUAAUCCCAUCGUUCCAAGGGACAAAGAAUGGGUUAGUCUCCUCUGAGCUACCCCAACAAUCUGCUGUAAGCCCUAUUUCCGUCCACCAUAACCCCAUGGAAAGAAGCAUCUACUGUAAUAAGUUAUAUGGAAAUGACUAUACUUUGUUGAUCCAACAUGUCUUAAGGUGGUGGAGUAGGGGAUAGGGAGUGAGACUGGGAAUUGUCUUGAAGAUGUAUGGGAGUCUGCAAUGCUGUGAAUGCCACAGUGACUUAUUUCUCUGAGAGUCUAUGACAACAGUUACUUGGCUUGGAGAUCUGGGUUCUCCUUGUGUCUCAGUAGCUGACUGACUUAUUUAAUUUAAGAUUUUAAAUCUAACUUAACUUUGGGAUCUAAAUUAGUGUUUCCUCUGUUUUUCUUUUCCUCUGCAACCCACCUCAUUAUGCUUCCUAUACUGUUUCUUUCUGUGAUAACCUUUGCUGGCAUAGUUUAAUACAAUUUUUUUUUAGCAUCCACCUUCUUCAGCUAACAUUUUGCCCUCAUGAUUCAAAUGAGAAAGUAUUUACCAGCAGAAUGGUUUACCAAGUUCUGUGAAUUAUCCAUGCAGGCAAAACAUAUAUACAAGACACCAACACGCCUUUUAUUAGCAAAACAGCACACUCCUUUUUGACACUUACUGCAUGAAAAAGCCCUUUGAAUAUCUAGUCAAACAUGUUGUAUAACUAUGGUAAAUUUUCAAUGGAUCGUGAAAUCAGUUGAAGGUAUAAAAGUGUUUGGGGAGUUAAAAGCAGGAGAUGUAGAGAAACUGAGUAGAGAUGCUUAUCACUGUGGGAAGUGAGGGUCCUCAAUCCUGAUGGAAAGACUUGAACAUUCUGCAUAAUAUCUGAUACCGCAGUCAUUUUGCCUGUCAUAAAUUCAUUCACGUUUUAUAUCUAGUAAGGAAAUUACCAGCAGGAUUUGCAUUGCUCAGACCCUGUUUUCUGUAUUUACUGUAAAUGACUGUCAUGAAUUCUUAAAAUGUGACUGUUUCAUAUGACAUGUUUUGCUGUUUUUAAGAACCAGCUUUUACCUGCAGAUCCUAGUGAAGAGUCCUGGUCUAUAACAUGUUACCUUGUUCAGUAGGCUGGUUUUCCCCCCAUGUGUUCUUCCUCUUCCAAGACAUGCUGUUGUUUUCAUGAAGCUAUUUGAGUCUUCAGAUACCUUGGCUUUGGUAUAACUUUCUCACCAUUGCUUAGAAAAGAACCAGUGGGAACUGAGACUAGCCACUCACUACUAGAUUUGUGAGUUCUGUCAAGGUAGGACACUCCUAGCAGUGUUCAGUGGGGCAAGAUGUCCAUCUAUGUUUGCUUUACUAUGGAUCACCUUCUAGACAAAAGUAUAGUUGGCCUUCAUAAUCUUUGGAUGUUCCCAACCCAGAUGUUUGCAUUCCCAUCAAUUGGACAGAAUUGCAGUGAAUUCUCUUAAGAGCCAGUCAUCCCCAUGUCUGGAUUGGCCAAUAGAGUUGCUUCUUUCCUUUGGUUUCAAACUCUAGUAUAGUGAAUGUUUUUGCAUAUCAAUUUUGAACAGAAAGAAACUAAAACCUGAGUUUUUCAGUAGCCUGGGAUAUUGUCUUGCAUUCAAACUCUUUUUGAAGAACACACAUUCAGGUUUUUUGAUGGGUCAAUUAUAUUGUGCAAUUCCUUAUACUUCUAUUGAUAUGAUCCAUUGCUCUUAUAAACCGACCUUUGUAUGUUUAGAGUUUUUGAUGCUUACCUUACUUUCCACUUCUUGUCCCAGACCUAGAUAACCCAAGAACCAGUACCUUCUUUAUGCAGUUAGGGGCUAAAGUAUGUCCUGACCUCUCUGUGAGUGAUACUUUCCAAGUCUCAGGCAUGCUAGCUCAUUAUCUGGCAGAUUUUUAUAUGGGCAAGAAAUUUCAGCUGAUCCUGUUUGUCAUAAACAGUCAGUUAUAAUCCAUUCUGUAGUGAUGAUCUAUAUUCUGCUGUAGUCAGUUCCUACUGUAAUAUGAUUAAACCAUUCACACAGUUUCAUCUGUAUGACCUUAAUGGCAAAACUAUACUAGCGCAUAUAGGAUUUAGGAAACAUGAAAGUUGGUGCCAUAUGGAGGACUAAAGUUAGGAUCCAGUAUAUAAACUUGCACCCUGUCUAGGUUGGAAAUUGUGUGAACAAAUUAAUCCAUUUGACUAGCCAAAGUACUAACUUGGUGCUAGAGAAAAAAUGGCAUCAAUAUAUCCCAGAGGGUCAUUGUCGGCAGUUGUCAUGCAGCUGGACAUUCUGGACUGCAAGAUAUGCGUUCUGAUACACUUUUCCCUGUUCAGUGCUCAGCGUUGUCUCCCUUGGUAAAAUAUCAAGGGCUUUUCCAAGUAAAUCAAUUGAGAACCUGUUUUUAUCCCAGCACUAAAAUAAACAGUUAUUUUAAUAUAGGUUUUAAAUGAUGGAGCAAACUUUCCUGAUGAAGUUAGCUCUCACACAGGUAGAUUUGCCUCUGGUUUUAACCAAGAAAAUCCAGAGAGGCAAAAUUACUGUUACUGGAUAAUGAUGGCUUAAUACCAGUAAAUUUUAGUGUUCAGAAGGAUUUUAUUUAAUGGUAUGAUUAUGGAGUAUGCUAGGAUGUUCUCUGCAUAAAUUGCAGGUUGUAGAGAGAAACUAUUGAAAUCUUAGUCUGAGUGGGCUUAUAUGGGCAUUCAAGCUGUGGGCACUGGAAGAGUUUUCUUUAAACUUCUCAGUGGAGCUCUCUUCUAUACUGCUUUCUUACCCUUAAAAGCUUUUAUAGCUAAGAUGUACAUCACAAGCCGUAUGCAUGUAUAUGGUCUUAUAAACCUCUUCCACAGCAAAGCUGAAUUUUCUCUGCAACUAUUUCUUUGAAUUAGGAAGCCUUUCUCUGAGUAAGGAAGAAAUAGGGAAAUAGGACCAGCUUUGUUACCCACAAAUCAUAAAUGUAAUGGGCGGAAUUGUUGGUCAGAGUGAAGUUUCAGGUGACACUGGAGGCAUGCAGAAAGAACUAAAUAGACAUUUGUAUAAAGAAGUCUCAAGAGCUGACAUUCUGUGGCUGACUUGGGUUAAGAGGGGCUGUGAUGUAUUUUAGAAAUAGUGGUGUACAGUUGUGAUAGUGAAUAAAGGCUGAGCAGUUAGUGGGAAACAUUGUCAAAUGAACAAUAGAGGUAUAAGCUGCAAGAGCAAGUAUGUUUUCAGAGUGGCUUCAGCUAUAUCUAAUGACAGUUGACCAAGUACAGUGUAGUAGCAGCUCUCAUCAUAUCUGUAUUGGUUUGAUGUUAGCAGAGGAUUUAUGGACAAGUCUAAGGAACUGAACAGAUGUGUUUCAGCCAGUCAUUGAAUGGCAUACCUGUAAGAAGGGAAGUGUUAUGAGUGUGCUAUGUUCUGUCAAAUAAAGUCAGAUUGGUUGAUGGGUUUUUGUCUACAUGACAGCCCUAUAAAGACCUGACAGCAUAGUAAUUGGUAUCUUAUCACUUCCAUAUAGGUGAACCCCCCACCAUCAGUGUGGCUGUUCAUUAGUGUUUAAAGCUCUUAUUCCCAUGGAGUCACAAGGAAUGAUAAGACUAGCUCUAGCUGUGCUUAGGCAGACAGGAGACAACAAUUUGCUUGAUAUUACAGGAAAGUCAGGUCCAUUGGUGUCUGAAGAAUGGGACAAUUGGAAAGGUUCAGGAUAAAAUGUAUUGUUGCUGUGGCCAAAUGUUGCCUCAAGUGAAUUCCCAGGCAAAGGUUAAGCUUAAUGUGUGAUCAUAGAGAGGAAAAUAUGGUCAGUUUACCAACUUAGGACAGGAACACAACAUAUAUAGUCUUGCUUACCACAUAACUACUAGCAUUGUUUUUAAAGAUGGAGGGUUACCUGUGAUGAUACACUUUGCAUCCCACCUUGGAUUUUGACUCUUUCCUAAUGUCUUUCUUGUAGCUUUGUGUGCAUCAGUAACUGAAUCUGCUUUGGUAAUACUUCUCAGGUAUUUUGAAGCCUCCCUUCCUUGCUGAGAUCAUAGUUCUGUCACUUGCACUGGCUGCACCUUUUAUACAGCCUUUCCAAGAGUCCUGAGGCUGCGCGAUGGGUUUGCUGUAGGUCCCUUUUCUCCGUGCUUUCAUCUUAAGCAGCUGACAUUGUAGCUGAGCUAAAGCACAGGGCAGCUCCUAAGUCCAGCACUUGUGUAUGUAGUUCCUCCUAUGGUCAGAUAUAUGAAAAAGAAUGUAAUAUUCUCUUGAAAGAAGACUUCUUUGCUUUGAAUUUAUAAAUCUCUGGGGCCUUUUCUUGGAUUGUGUUAGGCUUGGAUCACAUUUGCCUUCAUGUUUUAAAAAUACUUUUGUGUGGCUUGACUACUUGAGGCAGCAUGUCCCAAGAAGAGCUCCAUACCAAGGGUACCCCUGAACAGCUCACAAGUGUUGGUACUUGAAAUUAGCUACAUCCAUGGUCACUUCUGUCCUUCUCGUUUCUUUCCCAUGGCGCUAAUUUCCUCUCUCUCUCUGAGAUGAGUUGGUAAAUAUAUCUUUUUAACUAUCCUCAAUAAAACUGAUCAACAGCAGGGCCUAAUCCAUUGCUGCAAAACCUGUUGUGCUUCCCCCACCACCCUUUGUUCAUGCUGUUGAGGAUCCUAGCAAGGAGAACUCCCUUAAAAUGCUAACUCCUGGGGAAGAGAGUGUGGUGUUCUGCUGUUGGCUUGCUAACUUCCUGAGCAGCGAGUAUUCUGUAAUUAUCUGUUUUAAGGAGAGUUUUACAGAUUUGUGUAAAUACAGUACUUGGAGAAAAGACUAGCCUGUGAGUGGUGGGAAAGAAUGUAUUUUUAUGCAACUUUUUGAGUGGCCUUUCAAACUCUGAGAUGAAUGAUUUUUGUUUUACUGAUUGUUAUAUAGCGUUCGAAGUAUUAUGUUUGAAAGUUUGGGAAUAAUAUUCACAGCUAUAUGAUGCUUGUAAACACAACAGUAUUUAUAAAUGAAUAAAUAAGUGCUUUAACACU